AUGUCGGGCGAGGUGCGCUCCAUUGUGGCCGGGCCGGCUGAGGCGCCCGCUCCGUCCGCGCGGCCCUCGGCCCACUCGGGCGCACAACAAAGGCCAGCGCGGCCCAGCGCGGCCCAGCGCGGCCCAGCCGGGCCCGGGACCCCGCCGCCGCCGCCGCCGCCGCCCGCCACCCGCGCGCCGCUUUGUCUCGGCGACCCCCGCCCGGCCCCGGGCGCGGCCCGCCGAGGGGCGCACAAAGCCGGCCGCCGCGCCCCGCCGCGCCCCGCUACUCACAGCCCCGCGAUCCGCCUCGGCCGUCGCCGCGGGUCACGCAGCCGCCGCCCGCUCCUCCGCCCCACUGAGGGGAAAGGGUGUCGGGGCGCCGCGAGUGCGCCCGAGCAGGAACGGGACGGAACCUCGAUGCGCCCGGGCCGUGACGGGAACGGGUCCCCCGAGUGCGCCCAGGCCGGGACGGCCCUCCGAGUGCGCCCGGGCCGUGACGGGACGGAACCCCCGAGUGCGCCCGGACCAGGACGGGACGGGCCCUCCGAGUGCGCCCAGGCUCCGGAACCAGGCGGGACCCCCGAGUGCGCCCAGGCCAGGACGGGACGGACCCCCGAGUGCGCCCGGGCCGUGACGGGACGGGCCCCCCGAGUGCGCCCAGGCCCUUUGGGGAGCCGCGGCCCCGCAGCCGGGGUCCUCCCGCAGUGCCUGAGGCCGACAGUCCGUGCGCACGCCCUGCCCUGCGACUACAGCAGCGGCAGCGGGCUUCGCAGCGGCUUCCCGGCGCGGAGCUCUGUGGACCCGGGUCGCGAGCGCGUCGGCCCGGCAGGACCGGAGCGAAGGGGUCUCCUCACGGGGCCUCCUCUGGGCCCUGAAGCCCCGGCGCUCGCGGAUAGGCCGGCAGCGGAAGCAAGCUUGUGUGCCGCCGCACUGGGCUGCAGGGCCGAGGUGCGGCCUACGGAGGCCGGCUGCCUGUCUUUACACAACAGCUUUACCUUGAACUGCCUCCCAGCGGAUGGCACGCCUAUGGUGUUACCAUAG